AAACACCACAGGGCAGCUGCGUUCAGUACCAUAGGGUGAGUUCCGUAUCACCCAUGAUCGUUUGAUUGACAGCAAGUAAUGAAGGGGAGGUGGUUGACAUUUGAUCAGUAGAGGACAAUGAUAAGGCAGAAUUUGCUCUAGAGAGAGAGAAGUCAUAUCGAAGUGCAAUAUUUACUGAAUUUAUUAUUAUUGAGCUAGUGAAUUGCAUGCUAAUCCUAAUAGUACGGAAUUGAACAAGUGAACUGAUUACAAUCUAUAGCAACAAGCUAACAGUAAGUCAUGCAAUACAAUAGAGUUCUAAAGAUUAACUGUUUGACGAAUUCUUAAUGCUAGGUUCGACUGAUACAAGAUACCGUGUAUUUCAAUAGUUUCGGCUUAAAAGAAGAAGCCACACGAAAAUGUGAGUAACCUAAUGUACACAUGCACGAUCCCUAUUUAUAUAAAUAUAUUUACAGCUUUGAAGCUGCGGUAACUGCUGCAAAGACGUGUCACGGUUUUCUUCGCCUUAUCCGAAACAAUCUUCAAAAAAUUUCCUAUUCGCUGUGUAGUAGGCAGCAGAAAGUAGCCCAGGAAUGAUGCAGACGGAGAAAGAUUGCGGUAAAUGCUCCUCCGGCGGUGUAGUAGGACAGAUGGUCGGGUGCGAUAUGUGCGACAUCUGGUUCCACGCCGGUUGCGUCGGCGAAACGGAAGCAAGUCUAAAUCCGGAUAGGACGUGGAAGUGCAGCCAUUGUGCCAAGGAGGAUGCUGGAGAAAGAGCUAGUCGUCACACCAAUAAGUCGGCGAGAAGCUCGGCGAGUAGUAGAGCACGAAGAGAACUACUACUGCAGCAACUGGAGGAACAGCGUGCGCUGAAGCUGAAGCAGCGGGCGGAAGAGGAUGAAAUCCGUAAGAAACGGGCUGAAGAGGAUGAGGUCUUUCUCCAGCAAAAACUGAACCUAAUCCUGGAGGACGACAACGAAAGUAGAAGUAGUAGACUGAGUAGUCGGGCAAGCCGUAAGAAAGUGGUGGAUUGGCUCAACAAUGGUCAAGGUGGUCAGCCAGAAGCGACUGGGUCUUCGCAUAAUGGAGCCAUCCCUCAAUUACCUGCAGCCCAACAGCUUGCAUCGUCAUCAACAAGUCGCGCCGUAGGACCGGCGCACCCUGCUUCGGAGCCAGCGGCAGGAUUUCCCACCUCAUCAUCAACACCACAGUCAGGUAAAGCGAUAGGUAUCCUAGGAGUAGAUUGCCCUCAGGCUAGCAUAUCUCAGCAGAUAGAACCAAUUUCCUCUAUCGCAAGCAUUAUACGAAACAAUAUUGAGAAUAGUAACUCAGCACAGCCUUUUUUAGCAUCCACGGGUAGGCAAACACUUCCUUUCCAUGCUUCGUCUCACUUUCCCCGUGCUGAUACAAAAGUGACCUUUUCGGGACAGUUUGGAGAAGUAGUUCCUCCUAAAUGUCAAACGUUUACUGGUCGGAUGCCGGCUCCGCGAAAUUCGAAAACUACUUCGGUCGUUGGUCAAUCAACAGAGACUACAGUAGUUCCUCUUUGUGUUAACGUACCAUACGCGAGUGUAUCAGGCCCAUCGACAUCAGCAGCUGCUUUCUACCCGCAAGCAAAUCAACAUGCAUCGACAAUUGACGUGCCGGAAAAUUCCGCCGGAGUGGAAUCACUGCAAUCUGGUGUGCAUCGUUUUGGAGCGUCGCAAAUGGGUACGCCGCAGCAGUUUACGCCCAGUAGCGCACAGUUAGCGGCGAGACAGGUGAUGCCACGCGAGUUACCAGACUUUUCCGGAGAUCCACAAGAUUGGCCGUUGUUUUCCAGCUCCUUCCACAACUCGACUGCAGCAUGUGGCUUCACAGAUGCGGAGAACCUAGCUAGGCUUCAACGGUGUUUGAAAGGACACGCCCUGGAUUCGGUGAAGAGUCGUUUAUUGAUGCCAGAAUCAGUGCCGCAUGUAAUGGAGACGCUGCGCAAAUUGUAUGGCAGGCCAGAAGUGCUCAUCCACACACUAUUACGAAGACUACGAAGCGUCCCGCCACCAAAAACGGAGAAUCUGCAGUCGGUCAUCACUUUCGGGAUGGCUGUGAGAAACCUGGUCGACCAUAUGUUCGUGGCGAAGCUACUGGAUCAUCUUCGUAACCCUAUGCUGUUGCACGAGUUGGUGGAGAAACUUCCGUCAGAAAUGAAAAUGCAGUGGUCGUGGUACAAGCGUUCUCAAACAGACGUCAACCUGGCGACGUUCGGAGAAUUUAUGGACGAGUUAGUCACCACAGCCUCUGACGUAACUCUUCCAACGGAGCCCCAAGUCCAACAGUUCAGAUCAGGUCAAACUGGGAGAGACAAGCAGAAGUUAUACGUGCAUGUAGAGUCAACAGAUGAACAAUCGGUGACUCAGACUACAGACGGCAGACCGAAAUCAACAUUAUGGUCGGGCGGAAGCAAUAAGUCCUGUUACUAUUGUUCCAAUGAGGAACAUGUUGUAUCGGACUGUCCACAGUUCAAAGCUCUGGACGUAGAUGGGAGGUGGAAGGCAGUCCGAUCCAAAGGCCUAUGCAGGACUUGCUUGGUUCCACAUCGAAAAUGGCCAUGUCGCUCAGGAAAGGAGUGCGAAGUCGACGGUUGCCGGUUCCGCCAUCAUAUGCUGCUGCACUCAAGAGCCGACGCCGUUGUUAAUCGAGGUUCAUCUGAGCAUAGGGUGUCGGUGAGCGGAGUAGGAGUUACCCAACAAAAUCAUCACUCGACGCUCAGCUACUGUCUGUUUCGUUACCUGCCGGUAACACUAGAAAUGAACGGGAAACAGGUAGAAACAUUCGCUUUUCUGGACGAUGGGUGUCAAACAACGCUUAUGGAAGCCGGAUUGGCAGCUGAUCUAGACAUUGCGGGACCUGGUGAAUCGCUCUGGCUAGGAUGGGCGGGUAACACCACGCGAGAAGAAAAAGGAUCGCAGCGGGUUACUGUGAAUAUUUCCGGCAGCGGCUUAAAAAGCCAAUAUAAACUGAGCAACGUACGCACGGUGCAGAAGCUUCAACUGCAAGGACAGACGUUCCAGUACGAGGAGAUGAAGGAGUAAGGAGACAUACC